AUGGCUCGCCUGAGCUUUUUGCUGCUGGGCACUCUCUCCGUGCUCAGCGGCUUCGCCAAUGCUGGCUCCGCCGUUGUCGACCUCAUCCCAAAGAACUUCGAUGAUGUCGUCCUAAAGUCUGGCAAGCCCGCUCUCGUCGAGUUCUUCGCUCCUUGGUGCGGCCACUGCAAGAAUCUCGCCCCCGUCUAUGAGGAACUCGCCUCCGCUUUCGCUUUCGCCGAGGACAAGGUUACUGUCGGCAAGGUCGAUGCCGAUGAGCACCGCGAGCUGGGCAAGCGUUUCGGCGUUCAGGGCUUCCCUACCCUGAAGUGGUUUGAUGGCAAGAGCGACAAGCCCGAGGAGUACAAGGGUGGCCGUGAUCUGGAGAGUUUGUCUUCCUGGAUCACCGACAAGACCGGCAUUAAGCCCCGCGGAGCCCAGAAGGAGCCCAGCAAGGUCGAGUACCUGAACGACGCUACUUUCAAGACCACUGUUGGCGGCGACAAGCAUGUUCUGGUUGCUUUCACUGCGCCGUGGUGUGGACACUGCAAGACCCUCGCUCCUAUCUGGGAGACACUCGCCAAUGACUUCGCUCUCGAAUCUAACAUCCUGAUCGCCAAGGUUGACGCUGAAGCCGAGAAUGCCCGCGCCCUGGCUAAGGAGCAGGGCAUCACCGGAUACCCUACCAUCAAGUUCUUCCCCGCCGGCUCCUCCGAGGCUGAGCCCUACGGCAGCGCCCGGACGGAGGAGGCUUUCGUUGAGUUCCUGAACACCAAGACUGGCUCCGCGCGCGCCGUCGGCGGCGGUCUGAACAAGAAGGCUGGCACUAUCGCCGCCCUGGACAAGCUGCUGACCGAGUACGUGCCGACUCACAAGUUCGAGAAGCUGGCCGCGGAGGUUAAGAAGGCCGCCAAGGGCCUGCAGGACAAGUACGCGCAGUACUACAUCAAGGUUGCCGACAAGCUGAGCCUGAACGAAGAAUACGCCUCCAAGGAACUGGCUCGUCUGUCCAAGAUCCUGAGCAAGGGUGGCUCUGCGCCUGAGAAGGUGGAUGACAUUAUCUCCCGGAGUAACAUUCUGCGUGGCUUCGCUGGUGAGGACAACGAGGUGGUCCGGGAUGAGCUGUAA